AAAUUUAAUUGAUUAAUUAAAAUUUGUUGUUGCAAUAAAAUUCCCCGCAUUUUACUAGUAUUUUCAGUAGCGCAAACUGUUCGAAAUUAAAAUUUUAUUAUUUUUGAAAAAUUGUACGCUUAAAAUGCAUCCUAAAAACUUGCCAUAACUGUUGCCACACUACUUGCAACUAGUGUAAGUAUAACAAAAUACGAAUAUAUACAUAAUAAAAUCAUACAUGUAUGUACAUAUGUAUCGCUCAUAUUUUUUACAACAACGCAAGCGAAAAUCAAAUAAUUCAAUAAGUAAUAAUAAUUAAACAAAUUUCUGGGUGUGUUUGUCGACACUUUUCAGUUGUGUUGGGAAGCAAAGACGUGGCCGAACUGGAAUUCAGCUGCGCAAAGAGUACUAAGGAUCAUUUCGAAAAAAAAGAAACUAAAACUAAAAUAAAAGAAACGAAACUUCUCAACAUGCGAAACACGCAAUUUAGCUUAGUUACAUACAUAACUACGUAUAUGCUACAAUUACUACAAUCAUCGUAUGCUUGUGUACUACAUAUUUCCAACAUGUAAACUAAUGCUUAAACAGUAACUGUUUCUUUCCCUCUACAGCCUCCCGCACGCUGCAAUUAUUAAUUAAAUCAUUCUAGUUUAGCCAGUGUGUAACUGCUGGUGCACAAUGAAAAAAUGAAAUAUAUUGAACAUAAAGCAUUGCAAAUCGAAAAACACAUAUAUAAACAUAUAUAUAUAACAAGAUUUCUGUAUUAACUGCCGAAUCUUAAUUCAUACUCCUUCUGAAGCCGAGCAUUUUCAGAACCAAAAAAGUAAAGUUAAAAUAGAAAAGAAAAGAAUACCAGAAAUUAAAGGGUACGAGAAUAAAGCGUUAAAUGCGAUAACUUGAAAGAGCACAAAACUACACACAAGCAUUUCAAAAACAACAAAAAAGCAGCGCAUAUUAUAAAAUAUCUAUCACUGAGCGCCGCAAAAUUACCGACAUUACAACGACAAACCACUUUGCAGCACCACUUUCAAACUUCAAUUAAUCCCGUAAUGGAUUCACUUAACCUGUUUUGCAAAACUCUAGCUACAUACUUUGAAAUUAAACCAUUUGAUUUUCUAUUUGCUAUAUACAUACAUACAUAGAUAACUGAAUUAUUUUUUUUUGUAAUCGUAAACCACUUUCUACUCCUCUAAAUCUCUCUCUCUCUCGCAAAUUUCAACGCACCCCUUAACCAAAAUAAUUCUCGCAGGACCAAAACAAAUUAUUACAGUUUCUCGUAGCGAGUGACCAAAUCUUUCCGAUGUCACUCUACAAAAUACAUCCCCAUAAGUUCUCUCCAAUCAACAACAUUUGUUUACACUCUCCAUAAUUCCAAGCUAUUUUUCGCUCACCAUCACUUUGUGUUUCCUCUCUACAACUGAACUCUAUAUAUAUAUAUUGUUUCAAACUUUCUCUUUUCCAAUGCGUCUCCUUUAUUUAUAUCUGAUUUGCUAAAUUUUCUUUUGACUCCAUCCUUCGUAUAUUUACCUGCUUGUUGUGACCAAGUUCUAUCAAACGCGCCUCAUGCAUGCACAUCAGUUAAACGAAAAAAUAAAAAACAAAAAGUUCGAAAAACAGUAUGAGUUUAAGUAAUAUCAUAAUAGUCUUAGGUAAUACAUACCGUUAUUGGGUAAUUAUAUGCUGUGAUAUCUGUAUCCAAAAGUUUCAUAAACAUUGCAGUGACUUAACUUGUUGACUGCAUGUGCUGACUUUACAAGUACAUACACACACACUUGCACUCAUACAUACAUACAUGCAUCAGAAUAAUGGAGUUAUUAAAGUAGAAAUUAGCGUAGUUAAAAAAAAUGUUCGAGCAAUAACAAGUUGCGAAGUUUUAUUUUGCGCAACAUUGCAUAUUUUAGGGCGCUUACACUCCUUAUAAUAAGAUUGCAAUAGCCCAUAGAGAAGAUAUCAAUUUAUAUACCAUGCAGAUGAUCUGAUAAACGCUAAUAAAAUUGAUGAUGAUGAUUGAUAAGAUGAAAUAUAUAUGUUUGUAUAUCCGACAAAGGCCGAGCGCACGCCCGCACUUAAAAUCUGAAAAACUUAGUAUAACUUUUCCACGAAGUUCAUACUACAUUCUUGUACAUUUUUACUUUGACUAUAUAGAAUAUUCAAAUGAUUUAUAUAUGUACUUCCAGUACUAAUAUUAUAGAAUGGACAUUCUAGUUAUAUGUUCUGCUUUUUGAGAGCUGUCAUUACACUUCCAGAAUAUUUUUCAGAUCCGAAAUACUUCGCUAAUCUUUCAUACUUUCUUUCCGAUUGAUAUCAGAAGAUAUGGACGUAUCGUCAGCUGAUAUCAAUAUCAUCUGCACUUCCUAUUAACAUAUCGUCCGAUAUGAUAACGAAUUUGAAUGAUAAUUAAACUGAUUUCUAAAUAUUCAAACUCAGAAUCCUUAUAUUCAGAAUCCUUAUUAGAUUGGCAAACGUCUCCUUUCCGCUUCUUUAUUCAAUGCUUUAUAAAAAGUGCAACUUCAUACCCCCCAUUCUUAUUUGCGAAGAACUCGGACAACCACCUUUCACAAGCCUCUUUUCAGUUCAACUUUAUACCACCAAUUGCGUUCGCCAUGGACGGGAACAGAUGGUAGUCACUUGCCGCUAUGUCCGAGCUAUAUGAUGGAUGCGAUAAAACCUCAUAUCCAAGCUUCCGUAGCUUCUGACGAGUCAUCAACGAAGUGUGUGGUCUGGCGUUGUCCUUGUGGAACACUACACACUUCCUGUUGGCCAAUUCCUGGCCGUUAAUCCCGGCUUGGUCACUGUUUGGGACGAUUCACCAACCUUCGACCACGACCGUUUUCGCUUGAUAUUAUCGUAUGUGAUCCAUUUUUCGUCGCCAGUCACCAUCCGCCUCAAAAAUGGGUCGAGUUCAUUCCGUCUCAGCAGCAUAUCGCAGGCGUUGAUUCGGUCCAGAAGGUUUUUUUGCGUCAUGCGGCACCGAAACAUCAAGAUUUUUUGUCUAUAUAGCCUUCUGCAGUUGGUUUAAAAUGGUUUGAUGAUUAACUCCCAUCUCCUGGGCGAUGUCACGAGAUGCCACAUGCCGGUCUAACUCGAUGUUUUCCAUGAUUUGAUCGGUAUUCGUCGUCACAUGUCUUCCGCCGGGUAGCUUAUCCGUGUUGUCGUUUUCACCCGCUCUGAAUCGUCGAAACCAUUCCUUCACAGUUCGAAAUGAUAGAGUACCAUCCCCCAAAACACCAUGAAUCUCACGGAACGUUUCUCAAGCGGAUUUGCCUUUAACGAAGGAAAACUUAAAAAAAAUAAAAUUUCGGCGUUGGUGAACUCCAUGUUUACACGUCUAUAACUGUUCGACGCAAUAUCCAAACUAAUCAUGCAUAGCGUCGUUUUGUAUGUUAUGUCAAGAUCUUUCAAAGAUGUAUAGUAUUGCCAGAUACGAGCUAUGUAGCGCUUUAUGCAUAGCCGCGAAACCUAAUAUGUAUAUGUAAAUAGCAGGAUGCUUCUUGGGAUUAAAAAAAAUGCUCUCAUGUCAAAAGAUUUACAUUUGAAAGUAACAGCAGGGUGAAUACUAAUAUCGCAUUAAACUAACUAACUUAACUAAGUAUAUUCUCUCAGUCCGUUGCUUGUUCUAUUCACCACUCGCAUAUACUGGAAAAAUGAAGCCAGCAAUUUCCAAUAAAUUUUUAGAUAUUAUGAGUGUUUGAACAUCAUAACACACAACACAUACAUAUCGAAAAUUAUACUAAGAUUAGUCAUAGUACACUUAGAAUACAUUCUAUCGCUUUCUUCACACUACCGGUCAACAAAAGUUAGUUUAUACAGAAUAGUAAAACCGUUCGUCGUCUUGACUGUUUAUUGCAUGCGAUUCGUCACAUUUUCAUCUACUUUCACUAACUAUCUCUAAUUUCCUACUCUCAUACAUACAAACAUUUACAUGCUUCCACAUUAUUUGCAUCAACUCAUCCAGCAUUUAUCCCCAACUAUUCUUAACUUUUCAUAUGCUAUACGUAACAUAUCCCCAUAUCUCAAGUUUAUCUAUCACAAUCUAGAUCUAUCUAUCUUUCGCUCUAUCUCUAAAUACACUCGUACAUACAUACUCACAUACAUAUUUGUUUUAACUGUCUAUCUAACUGUGUGUCAUUGUGCAUUUGACAUUUUAACCAAAAUACUCUUUUACUUUGCAUCAUACAUUUUGUUUAUAUAUAAAAAGAAAAAAAAAACUAUUAUUUACUCGUGUCUCUUAGUAAGCGCAUCCGAAGAUGAAGAACGCUUGGUACGUGAUCUCUUUCGUGGGUAUAACAAACUUAUACGACCCGUUCAGAAUAUGACACAAAAAGUUGGAGUAAGAUUUGGUUUGGCGUUCGUACAGCUAAUCAAUGUCAAUGAGAAAAAUCAAAUUAUGAAAUCAAACGUUUGGUUACGUUUGGUUUGGUACGAUUAUCAAUUGCAAUGGGAUGAGGCCGAUUAUGGUGGCAUUGGUGUGCUGCGCUUGCCGCCUGAUAAGGUUUGGAAACCGGAUAUUGUAUUGUUCAAUAAUGCUGAUGGCAAUUACGAAGUGCGUUACAAAUCCAACGUGCUCAUUUAUCCAACGGGCGAAGUGCUCUGGGUACCACCGGCGAUCUAUCAGAGUUCCUGCACUAUCGAUGUCACAUAUUUUCCAUUCGAUCAGCAGACAUGUAUUAUGAAAUUCGGUUCGUGGACCUUUAAUGGUGAUCAAGUGUCACUGGCAUUGUACAACAAUAAGAAUUUUGUCGAUCUCUCGGAUUAUUGGAAAUCGGGUACUUGGGAUAUUAUCGAAGUGCCAGCCUAUCUGAAUGUCUACGAAGGCGAUGGCAAUCAUCCAACCGAGACAGAUAUCACAUUUUAUAUAAUUAUACGUCGCAAGACACUGUUCUACACAGUGAACUUGAUAUUGCCAACGGUGCUGAUCUCAUUCCUGUGCGUACUGGUGUUUUAUCUGCCUGCCGAGGCCGGUGAAAAGGUUACAUUGGGCAUAAGCAUUCUGCUGUCACUGGUUGUGUUCCUUUUGCUUGUAUCGAAGAUUCUACCGCCGACUUCGCUGGUGCUGCCACUCAUUGCCAAGUACUUGCUGUUCACCUUCAUUAUGAAUACGGUAUCAAUUUUGGUUACCGUUAUUAUUAUAAAUUGGAAUUUCCGCGGUCCGCGUACACAUCGCAUGCCCAUGUGGAUACGUACGGUCUUUCUGCAUUAUCUGCCGGCAUUUCUGCUAAUGAAGCGUCCGCGUAAGACCAGGUUGCGUUGGAUGAUGGAAAUGCCGGGCAUGAGCAUGCCAGCACAUCCACAUCCCUCAUAUGGAUCACCAGCUGAGCUGCCCAAGCACAUUAGCGCAAUCGGCGGCAAACAAUCCAAAAUGGAGGUUAUGGAGCUCUCCGACUUGCAUCAUCCCAAUUGCAAAAUCAAUCGUAAAGUAAAUAGUGGCGCCGAUUUGGGGCUUGGCGAUCAAUGUCGACGUGAAAGUGAAUCAUCCGAUUCGAUAUUGCUUUCGCCAGAGGCCAGCAAAGCCACCGAAGCGGUUGAAUUCAUCGCAGAACAUUUACGAAAUGAGGAUCUCUACAUACAAACCCGUGAGGAUUGGAAAUAUGUGGCCAUGGUCAUCGAUCGUCUGCAACUCUACAUCUUCUUCAUAGUGACCACUGCCGGUACAGUUGGCAUACUAAUGGAUGCGCCACAUAUCUUUGAGUAUGUAGAUCAAGAUCGCAUCAUCGAAAUUUAUCGUGGAAAAUAAAUCCUUUAUUUACACGGUGAUGGCGUGAAAAACGCAAAUUUACGUAAAAGCAAAAUUUGGAAUUCAUUAAAAAAUAAUUUAAAAUAGAUAUACUCGGUGCGGGUUUUAUCACUAAUCCGUUGUUAGUGAAGAGAUAUUUUGCACAAAACAACAACAACAAAACUUCAGCACAUAACGGCAAUAAAUUUGAAGCGAUUAUUCAUGUAUUACAUACAUAAAUAUACGUGUAUAAGUAAGAUGUAGUCGUCAAGUCGCGUUCAAAUCAAUUCUUCCAUGUUAAGAAUUAUAUUAUUUUAAGAGUUUUUAAUUAGAAUUUAUAAGUCAACUUAUUAUAAGUGCAAUGAUUCAUAAGGAUAUUGUUAUGUUAAGCGUUUUAAGUAACUGUGUAUUUAUAUGCUUGUAAUAGACCACUUGAAUUUAGUCAAAUAAGAAAAGCGAAUUGGAAGUAACUAAAUACGAAAGUUAAAAUAUCUAGAAAAACGCGUGCAUAUUAGUGAAAUUACAUAAAGAAAGAAAAUAAUUAUUAGCAAUUAAUAAAGUGGAACGCUUCAGCUCAUAAAGUUAAACAGUAGCGUAAAUUUCACGGAGCCAUUUGCGUAAAUAUAAUUCGUACUAAUAGAAACGAAACGAAAUCAUUUUAUUAUUGAGCAAACCCCUAAUCGAAUGAAUAAACAUGACUCUGCUUACAAAAAUUGUGUAA